AAAAGUCAGAGUUCCAACUUUCCUCUCAGCUUGGGGGGUUUUCAGAGGGGAUGGUCGCUGUGUCAGAAAAAAUGCAGCUAGUAGACUUGGGUCUCUUGGAGGAAGACGGUGAGUUCAAGGAGUCCUGGGCUGGUUUAGAUGAAGAUGAAGGUUCAAAUGUCUGGGAGGAUGAUUGGGAUGAAGACAAUGUAGAUGAUAACUUCUCCAAUCGAGCUGAAUUACAGAAACUUGGUUAUAAGAUGGAGACCUCUUAGCAUUCAGAAGAGCAACCUAAACUUGAGCUGUUUACUAAAUUCUAGGACAGAAAACCCAGGAUGGGACACUUAAAAAAAUAUGUUUAUUUCAUUGCCUGCUUGGAUUUAU